AUGAACCGCUGGCCAGCGACCACCCACGGGCCAAGGCGGGCAAGUCCGGGCAGCCCUCGGGAUUUUCGGCCCCCGGAUAUCAUCUACGAUCGACCCAGCGGGGUCGAUUAUGUCGAUCCGAGGUACUUGGGAAAGGGCGGUUUCGGGACCGUGUGGCGUUACAGUAAUGCGGCUACAGGACAGCACUAUGCCGUCAAGAUCAUCGACAAGCUGAAGACGAUCCGGGACUCAAAUUUAAGCAAGCUAAAGCGCGAGAUUGACCUCCAGACGCGUUGCUGCCACGUGAACGUCGUGAAUUUUGUGGACGAGAUGAUUGACGAUCAAUUCCAUUAUUUUGUGUUGGAGUACUGUGGUGGAGGGACGCUGCUGGAGAGGAUUGACGAGUCGCCAUACGGUCGUCUCUCCCCGAAGGAAUGUUGUCUGUACAUCAGCGGAGUCAUCGAGGCCGUCCUCUACCUAUUUUCCCAAAGAAUUUUGCAUCGAGAUUUGAAGCCGGCGAACGUGUUUCUGGUGGAUGAGAGGAACAUCAAGCUGGGCGAUUUUGGGCUGGCCGUUGAAGCGGGGAAUGGGCCAUCGAGAAGCAUUUCCGGGACGCCAAACUAUUUGGCUCCCGAGGUACUGCAGCGUCGUGGCCAUUCAGAAUUGACGGAAGCGUGGGCGAUCGGGUGUAUGCUGUUUUGUAUGCUGACCGGGAGGCCGCCAUUCGAAACAGACCAACUCGAAAAGACCUACGCCCGGAUCAUGAAGGCCGAAUUCCGGUGGCCAGAAUUCGGAGAACGAGGUCCUCUAUUGGAUCGUGCAAGCAUGGCCGUCGUUUCUCGCCUUCUCCGCCUCGAUCCUGUCGUCCGAAUGUCGGUUGUUGAAAUCAAAUAUUCGACUUUCUACCGGGAUCAUCACGAGAGCCAAUCCCCAACACCGCUGAAAAUCAGCGAUCUUCUCCCUCCACUCAUCCCGCGUACUCCAAAACCCGGGAUUUCCACUUUAUCCUAUCGCCAUUUGCCAGAUGUCUAUGGCAUCGGCCCAUCCACUUCCGGAGAGCUCUACAAGAGACACUACGGUAGCCACCAUCAGUUGAUGAGCCCGCGGAGAACGGGGCUACAGACUACGGAAUUGACCGAGUGUACGGCGUAUCAGCCCCGGCACUUGGAUGCCCCGAUAGCUUACGCAGAUGAUGAACCGUACGCGAAUAGGUCGCAGAGCUGGGUGCGGACUACGAAUACGCGAGAAUCCACGCCUCGUCCAUUCCACGAUUCUGGUGUCGGCUCUGACCCUCAUCUUCUGAGCCCGCGAAGUCACGUAGCAACCCGCCUCGAGGGUUACUGUAAGGAGCUGGCGAUGCUGCGGGAGGGAAGGCAACGACUCGUCGAAAUUGUGCCAGAAGCCGCCAUCCACGUCUCGCGCUGGAUCGACGAUACCAACAUUUUCGGGUUCUGCUUCUUGCUGUCGGACGGGACGAGCACGAUCAAUUUCUGCAAUCGAGGAUUUGUAGCCGUUAGCCCUGACCGCGGUCUAAUCCGACAUGGGAUGGAUCCAUUCGGCGAUUCGAGGGUGGAGACGAUGCAUCAACUAUGCUCGGACACUUUCGAAAGGGUCAAACUGGCCAACAAUUUCCGAAGAUAUAUGGAGGACAAUUUGGCGCAGGCCGUCAAUGAUUCAAUCUGGAAGACGCUGACUGCGCCGCAGAGCGACUCGCUACCGUACGUCUACAAAUUCCACAAGGCCCCCGGAACGUUGAUGUUCUUGCUGUCCACUGGAGCUGUUCAGGUAAACUUCUUGGACAUCCACUACAAGGUUGUGAUCACCCCAUCAUCAUCUGCAAAUCACGGGAUGACCGUACAUUGUAUCGAUCCGGAACGAGGAAUCCGGGCUUAUAGGGUGGAGCAAGGAGCACCAGAAUCGCCAGCCUCAGCAAACUCGGAGCUUCUGCUCGACCUCCUCUCCACGAUGCAACCCCUCAUCCAGGAGCAAAAAGACAGCUUCGGACCGCCGAUUCAGAACUCGGAUGGGACGGAUCGACAUCAUCGUUUUGACACCAAUGUCACGGCUCCAACUUUGAACCCCCGAAAAGCUUCGACGCUUUCAACGGCUUGC